AUGAUUGAAGACAAAAAUGAUUUGGAUGUCACAUCAAAAGGAAGCGGACCAGCAUUACAAACAAUGUUGAAAAUGAUGAUGGGUGGAGAUAUGAAAUUCCCAAAAGAUAAAUAUCCAGCAACCCCUCACUUACAAAUCGACAAACAAAAAUUUGGUACUCUUAUUAAAAAAUUACUAAUUGACCAUAGCUUUUUUGCUUUUGAAACGAAAGUUAAUGGUUUCGAACAAAAUUUAAAAUUUAAUAAUAUAUUUGAAUCAUUUUUAUUAGUCAAUUACACAGAAAAUAUUAGAGAAUUGGAUUCAGAAUUAGAUCCAGAAUUGGAUUCAGAUUCAAAAUUGCACAAAGAAUUGUUCCAAAAAUUGAUUGGUAAAUAUGAAAUAGAAUUAAAAGAUAUCGCAUAUUUAUUUCUCGACAAGGCAGGCAUUAGAAUAGAUAGUAAUGAUGAACAAAAAAAAGUCGAGCCAAAAACUAGGGUUGAAGUCGAGCCAAAAAAUCAUAUAGAUGCACGAAAGAUUAUGUUGAAAUUAAUGACCGGUGUAGAUAGACCACAUGAGACAGAAAGUGAUUUUUAUUUCAAAAAUAUGUCCAAAGAAGAUUUUACACUUCUAAUUAAAGCCUUAAUAAAUUCAGACCCUGAUAAAAACCAUUUCAUGUCUAAUGAUAUCAAAUUUGAUGAAGAUGGUAAAGAGUUUAAUGAAAUAAAUUUUUAUCAAAUAUUUAAUUCAUUUUUAUUAGUCAAUUGCACCAAAAAUAUUAGAGAUUUGGAUUCAAAAUUGUUCGAAGAAUGGAUUGGUAUAUUUAAUGUUAAAGCACAAGAUUUACGAACAUUUCAAAUGAAAACUACUUUCCUUGGAUGCCCAUAUGCCUCCACCAAUUCAAAAAGGAAUGCAUUCACUCUAUUUUGUAAAGAUAUUUCGAUUACAAUCUGUAACGUCGACCAUCUCGAAAAUGAAACAAGAAGAAAAUAUAUUAGAAACUUUUUAGGUUUUCGAAAUAAUGAUAAACAAUCAUUUAAAGUUCCAGAAGAUCAUCCACUCCAAAUAAAGUGUAGAGGUUGCCCUGCUUCAAUCGAUGAUUCAUUAAAAAUUCGUGGUCUUAAAUUACCUAAAAUAGAUUCAAAUUUCUUUUAUUUUUGUUCAAUUGAAUGCUUUUAUACGGUUUGUUCGAUAGCUAAGGGUGGUGAUUUUGCUGAAUUAAUAAAUCCCAAAAAGAAAAAAGGUGAUAGCGAUGAAGAGGUUGAGGAUGAAAUAGAAAAAGAUAAUAAAGAAUCCAAAAAAAAAAAAAAUAAAGAAAUAAAUGCAAUUGUUACCAGACCAAAACGUAAAUAA